AUGGCAGCGCUCGGCGCCCAGCCCGGAGGAACGGGCUGGGGGCGGCCCGGCCGAGACGCGACGGUUCCGAGAGCGGCCGCCGGGACACCUGCGCGCGGGGCGGCCGCAGGUGCUGGGAGGGCUUCACGGGGGCGGGAGCCUCGGAGCCGCCGGGGCGGGAAGGGCGGCCCGGCCCCCGCACGAGGCCCGCCCAGCCCCGCGCCCGCUGUCGGCGCGAGGCGGUCCCGCGGCACCUCCCUCCGCCGCCUCCUCCCGCCCGGCAGCGGCAGCCGCAGCGCCGCAGCCUCCGCCGCCGCAGCGCCACCGAUGGGGUCCGGCGGCCGCCCGAGCGCGGCGGGGGCGCGGGCGCUGCCGCUGCUGCUCCUGCUGCUGCCCGCGCCGGGCCCCGCCGCCCCGCCGCCGCCCGAUGUGGAUGAGUGUGCCCUGGGGCUCGACGACUGCCACCCGGAUGCUAUUUGCCAGAACACCCCCAAGCUGUACAAGUGCAUGUGCAAGGUUGGCUACACUGGUGAAGGGAAAAAAUGCGAAGACAUUGAUGAAUGUGAUAACGACUUCAAUGGAGGCUGCGUUCACGAGUGCUUCAACAUCCCAGGAAAUUACCGCUGUACCUGCUACGAUGGCUUUAUGUUGGCUCACGAUGGCCACAACUGUCUGGAUACAGAUGAAUGCAUGUUCAACAAUGGUGGCUGCCAGCACGUUUGUGUCAACACGGUGGGGAGCUAUGAGUGUCGCUGUAAGGAAGGCUUCUUUCUCAGUGACAACCAGCACACGUGCAUCCACCGCUCAGAAGAAGGCAUGAGCUGCAUGAAUAAAGAUCAUGGCUGUGCACACAUCUGCAGAGAAACGCCCAAAGGAGGGGUUGCUUGUGAAUGCCGACCAGGAUUUGAGCUGUCCAAGAACCAGAGAAGCUGCAUUUUAACAUGUAAUCAUGGAAAUGGUGGCUGUCAACAUACAUGUGAUGAUGCUGAUAACGGGCCUAUUUGUGGAUGUCACCCCAAGUACAUCAUGCAUAUGGAUGGGAAAACCUGCCUGGAGAGGGAAGAAGCUGCUGUUGAAAUUCCAGAAGGCAACACAACAGCAGGAGCUGAUGUGGACAAGCGAGUUAAGCGACGGUUACUCAUGGAAACGUGUGCAGUUAAUAAUGGUGGCUGCGAUCGUACAUGUAAAGAUACAUCGACCGGAGUUCACUGCAGCUGUCCUGUUGGAUUCACGCUCCAGUUUGAUGGGAAGACAUGCAAAGACAUUGAUGAGUGCCAAUCCAAUAACGGAGGCUGUGAUCAUUUCUGCAAAAACACUGUUGGCAGUUUUGAUUGCAGCUGCAGAAAAGGGUUUAAAUUAUUAACAGAUGAGAAGUCUUGUCAAGACAUCGACGAAUGCUCUUUUGAACGGACGUGCGACCAUACAUGCAUCAAUCAUCCGGGCACGUUUGAGUGUACGUGUAACAAAGGAUAUGCUCUCUAUGGCUUCACACACUGUGGAGACAUAAAUGAAUGCAGCAUCAACAACGGUGGCUGCCAACAGCUGUGUGUGAACACACCGGGAGACUAUGAAUGCCUGUGCCACUCUAACUACAAAUUACACUGGAAUAAAAAGGAUUGUGUUGAGAUAAAGGAGUCCUUUCCUGAUAAUAUGUCACCCAAGGUAUUGCUGCACUGCAUGAAGAGUGGCAGGAGUGAUAGAUGCUUCUUAAGCUGCUCUUCAGAUGUUCGGAUAGUUUCUGGAACACAAGAUGCCUACACUCUCACCUGUGGCAGCUCAUCUCAACUUAAGAAAAAGCAGCAAAACACAAAUGCAUCCACUUGGCUGGAUAUUUCAACCAUCAAGAUAAGUGUAACCUUUAAAUUAAAUGAAGGAAAAUGUAGUUUGAAAAAGACUGAGAUGUUUCAAGAAGGUCUGGAGCAGAUGAUACCAGAGAGACAUAACUCAGUAAUGGAGAGCUUCCACUAUGUAAACCUAACGUGCAGCUCUGGCAAGAAAGUCCAUGGAGCCCUCAGUAGACUACCAGCAACCAGAGAGAUUUUUAUCACUGCGGACUUUGAGCUUGAAACGAACCAAAAGGAGGUGACAGAUACGUGUGAUGUGCGCUGUGCCCGGAAAAAGACAGAGAAGAGGUUCCGAAAAACCAUUCGAACCUUACGGAAGACAGUCAACAGGGACCAGUUCCGCGUCCGUGUCUCUGGCAUGGACCACGAAGUGGCCAGGAAGUCUCUCAAGCUGUCGGAGCCACAGCAGUCAUGUGGUGUGGGACAGAUGCAUGUGGGUAGCAGAUGUGAUCAAUGCUCUCCAGGUGAAUAUUCCCCUGAUGGCUUCAAGCCCUGUUUGCCGUGCCCUGUUGGAACAUACCAGCCUGAAGCUGGGCGAGUGUCCUGCUUCCCCUGCGGAGGGGGUCUGACGACGAGACACAGCGGUACAUCCUUGUUUCAGGACUGCGAGACCAAAGUUCAGUGUUCACCUGGCCAUUUCUACAAUACAACAACUCAUCGCUGUAUUCGCUGCAUGGUUGGGACGUACCAGCCUGAGUUUGGACAGAAUUACUGUAUUUCUUGCCCUGGAAAUACCACAACAGAUUAUGACGGAUCCACAAACAUAACGCAGUGCAAAAAUAGGCAGUGUGGAGGUGAACUGGGAGAUUACACUGGGUAUAUUGAAUCACCCAAUUAUCCUGGGGACUAUCCUGCAAACACUGAAUGCACUUGGAACAUUAACCCACCGCCAAAACGCCGCAUUCUGAUUGUGGUUCCAGAAAUAUUUCUGCCAAUAGAAGAUGAGUGUGGGGACUACCUGGUGAUGCGGAAAAGCUCUUCUUCCAACUCAGUGACCACGUAUGAAACCUGUCAGACCUACGAACGCCCAAUAGCUUUCACUUCUAGGUCUAAGAAGCUGUGGAUCCAGUUCAAGUCGAAUGAAGGGAAUAGUGCCAAAGGAUUCCAAGUUCCUUAUGUAACAUAUGAUGAGGAUUACCAAGAACUAAUAGAAGACAUCGUUCGGGAUGGUAGACUUUAUGCAUCUGAAAAUCAUCAAGAAAUACUUAAGGACAAGAAGCUGAUAAAAGCAUUGUUUGAUGUGUUGGCACAUCCGCAGAACUACUUCAAGUACACAGCCCAAGAGUCAAGAGAGAUGUUCCCAAGAUCCUUCAUUCGGCUCCUGCGCUCCAAAGUUUCCAGAUUUUUGAGGCCUUACAAAUAGCUGGCACUGUCCUUAAAAUACUAACCAGCCCUUGGCAUGCACAGAGGGGUUGUGGUAGGUGGGCCUGCUUUCUGUGCUGUCCACGCUGGCAGAGAGACUCCGGGGAAGCUUGCCAGCUCCAUUCUUGGGAGUGUUUGGCUUUCUCAGCUAAUAUAAAUAUUUUGGUGAACAGAGUUUUGAUUCCUUUCCAGAUAAUAUCUUUUGGGUACCAAGGAUUACUUCAUGGAUCUGCGAAUUAGAGACUGACCAUAAUUUCUGUAACUGAAUGGUGCCAAGCAGACGUUUGAGAGCUCUGCCCCGAUGCUUCAUUCGUAACUCCAAGAGCUAAUGAGGACAGACAGGCUAAGUGGUGUGGUUUGGGUUGAAAUCUGGGCUGCCGCUACUGCAUAUUACCUCAACAAAGCUGGGUUCAUGUUCAGUCUCUCUGAAAGUGGGAACAAGUUUGAUGUCUCUCUUAACAUUUGCUACAGAGGAAAUUCAGAACUAAGAUUGAAAUGAUUAAAUCCAAGCCAGUGAGUCCAAGAAUUGCAGAGUAUGUAAUUUUUCUCCGAACUAUAUGUUGUAUGAAGCAAAGUAUGAGCAAAGGGUUGAAUAUUAGCUCAAAUGCUCUGGGUCUGGAUCACCUUGUGUUCAUGCUAGUGAGCUGAUAAUCUACUGGUUUGAGUGGAAUGAUACCAGGGCAUCAAAGGAACGGGAAGCAGACCCUGGCCCUCUGGAUGCCUCCAAUUUGGACUGACUGCAAGUGUUACAACAGAACAAAUUCUGGGCUAAAUUCCAAUUCUCUCUCCCUGUGCAUAGGCCUGGGACAGCAUCGUGUGUUGGCUUUUCCAAGUAGUGCAAAAUUCUAUCCUCUGAACACCUGCAGCUGAGCAUAAACUCCAUUUUAAAUGCAGUCUUUUCAUAGAUGGUGUUCUUGUAUGUCAUGAUUUACAGCUACUUAAGGUUCUUAAUCUCCUAUGAUUCUGUGAUUCUGCGAUUCUGAUUCUUACAUGGCCCUCAAUCCUCAUACUCCUUACCUUGUCUGAGCACCUUGCAGUGGCGUUGUAGAGCAGAGGAGGGCUGCUUUCCCUUUCUUGUUGGAGCAAAGCAGAUCUGUGAAGAUUUUUUUCAGCCAGAUCACAGAUGCUGCUUUUUAUGCCAUCCCAAAUUCUGUAAUUUUCCUCAGCUUGUGCUUCUCACUCGAGCAAAGAGUAUUCUGAAAGAGCCUAUGAGGAGAAAAAUGUUGAUCAAAAUGUUUUUUAUUGUCUGAGUGUUGUUCUGUCCACUUUACUAUUACAUCCUUGUCCUCUGGCCAUGCCAGCCACUUCCUCAGUGUAAUGCACCUUUCUGGGCAUUUGGUCUUUAAGGAAGAUGGCCUCAGUCCCUUUUGCUUGAAGAUGGACUGGUAUCUUUCUGGAUUGUUCUUCUGGCAGUGCUCUGAGUAGCACAGUGCCCACUGGUGAUUUCUGUCUGCCCCCUCAGGAAAGAUACUGACAUUUUGCAGUGUGGCCAGGACAAAAGCUCCCUUUUCAGUUGUGAACUUGGAUCUCCCUGGUUUUCACUGCACUUGUACGUGGUAUUUAACUGUUGUAUGUGAAUAAUACCACAUCCACAGUGUGACAGAUGAAAUUCCCACUCAGAGCCAGAGUCAGAGUCCUUUCCCUACGUUGUUAGGGUGAAUGAAUACUACCAAAUGAACCUUGCUGAACUGCCAUGCUGUAGAUGCCCCAUGUCGUAGCAUGUGAGACAGUGUGGCCUUUCACAUGGUAAGGAUGUGUUCUGAUCAUGGCACGAGGGGAAGGGGCAAUAGCAUUACGCCACUGACACCAUGUUGCCUAGAAGGAAUUGCUGUAGUCUGAGAGGAAGGGGGAAGUUGCUUGUGUUGCUGCCAAGAGGGUGAGCUGUGUCCUAGCUGGCUUACUUGGGCUUCUGCUCUGGCUCAGGUAUCUGUGGCACAUUGAUGAGUCUUUGUUGCAGGGAUGGAGCUGUCAGACCUGCUGCAAAAGGAGCAAAUGAGGCUGAGGGGCGAGAGGGGAGGCAGGGGCGGUAGAUGGGCAGAACAGAGGGUAGGAAGCCAGGGCCUUGUAUUCUGCUGGUGGGUACGUUUAUCGUGAACCAGCCUCCCUGCUGCCCAUCCUGGGAGGGACAGCAGCAACUAUCUAGAAGAAAGAAUGUGGUAGUGACAUGUAAGGAGUGGCUAAGGGAUGGUAAGAUAAGGAGAAGUGUGAUGGGAAAGGCUUGCUACCUCUGUGGUGAAAAUACUGCUGUGCUGAGAUCCAAGUGAAGAAGCAUUCCAAGACAGCUUCCUACUGGCAGCACAACCCUCUGCCAUUCUGCUCUUCAUGGCUUCAUGUGCCAGAUGCAGCAUGUCAGUGAGCUGCAGGGACCCACCAACCAUCUCCAUAUGCCAAAAGAGCACUUUGAGAUGAAUGACAUGCUGCAGCACUGCCCAGGGUGCGUGGAUGGGUAUGAGGCUGCAGGUGGGCACAAGAGGAGAGGGCCGUGGUGUGCCGGCUUCUGAGCACCUUCACCAAGCCUAGCAGAGUGGCUUUGCUGUAGGUUGGAGGCUAUCUGCUGAGGGGUGCUGAAUUCUCUCACAAGAGGGCUGCAGGUUUGAACAGUUCCAUGUUGCUGAGUGACACGCAAAUCAUAGCAAAUGGUCUCAACAGGGGUUCAAGGAAACAAAACAGUGUUUUCAGACAUCCACAUAUUGUUAAUUGGUGAAAUUGGGCUUUCCUGCUUUGCAUGCGAGUCACCGACUCGAUCUCUGGGUUUGUUGCACUGCGCAUCAUCUUGUGGGCAUGCUGAUGUCCUUGCUCUGCACAGCCGCUCUGGGAGUGGUGUCUCACCUCUGGACCAUAUGGUGGAUCUCAGCUUUGCUUCUCUGUUACUCUCACGUGCAUGGGGUGUUUUCUUUGCUGUCUGUGGAAGGAAGGAAGCACAUCAGCAUGGUGUAUGGCCCAACGCUGAGCAGAAGAACCUACCUUUGAAGAAAAAUCCUUUUUGCUCCACAUGCACCGCUGUGUUCAUUUUCUACAUAACAAGUAAAAGACUUGGAAGCACUCCUGUUACUUUAUAUCUGAAACUACGAAUGAAAGUUCUCCCAUUUAUGUAGGUCCUAUGUGCGCAGCAAAAAACGGAGAGGGAAUUACUGCCAUCUGAACUACUGGGAGAAGUGGUGACUUGCAGAAUGCUGGAAUAUUUGGCAUUGUAACUUCAUAGAAAUGAUAGUGGCUCUGUAGAAGUUGAGUUUCUACACUCUGUGUGGUUGUAGACUGACGCUAUUUUCUGGCAAGAUGUAAUUCCAAAGUGUUUAACCUUUUAAAACAGGAUUUAACUUUUGAAAUAAUAAUUAGUGUUAAGUGGAUGACUUAAUGUCACCUACAUGAGAUAUAUAUGUAAGGAUCUUUUUCUUGAUUGUAAAUUAAUUAACAUGAAAUGUUUCAGACUUACUUUUAACCAGAGAAAUAAACCAGUAACCGUUUAGUUACAUGAAAA